AUGUUCAGACAAAGGAGAUAUUUUUGCCAAUCCAUAACUUUUUAUUAAAGGGAAUAGUACCUAAGCAAAGUGAUGAAGGAUUGCGAAGAUUGCUUUAAGUAAUUGGAUCAACAUGGCAAAUCAAUCAAGAGAGAGACCAAAGAUAUGUUCAUUAAAUUCACUUAAGGAAAGUUGUAAGAACAGAAGAAACUCUUGGAAACUGAUUCUGUUGGAGUCUUUUCAAUGGUUUUGGAUAUCAUAGAAAACCUUAUUCAUGAUAAGCCUUUGAUGUCUUAUAUUCUGACCACAAUUGAGGCAAUCAUCUCAGACAAUCAGAGAUUAUUUAAACAAUUCAUGAGAGCCUUGACUCCCCAAGUAUUACCUAAGUUAAAGCAAUUCUUAUUCCUUGAUGGAUAUGAUCCAAUGGCAUAUGAGGCAGCUGCCAAGAUUGCUACCAUGAUAAUAGCUGAAGAAGGAGGAAAUGAUGCAAAGGAAUGGGUGAUACUCUUCUUAGGAGGAAUAGGAAAUAAAUUAAAAAUUGCAGAUUUUAUGAUCAUGCCAAUUUGUGUUCAUUUCUUGAAACAUGAAGCUCUUGCGAUCCAAUUUAUUAAGAGUGGAGGAAUUAGGAUAAUAUCGAAUUUAUUAUCAAAGUAUUCAACAGAUUUAUAGAUUGCAUAUUAUACAAUUUUAGCUUUAUGGUUGCUCAGUUUUACAACUGAAUCUAUUCCAUUAUUUAGUGAUCCCACUGUUGGGUUGAUCAGAUUGAUAAUAGAAUCAGUGUAGAAGAUAUCAAGAGAGAAGAUCUUAAGAGUUUCCUUUGCCUGUUUUAGGAAUUUAGUUGAUGUGUCACCUUAAAGUAUAGAAUUAAUGGUUGAUAACGGAUUGAUCAAAGUGGUUGAUUUACUUUUGAAGGGAAAUUUAAAAGAUUAAGAUUUGAUAGAUGAUAUCAAGUAUGUUGGAGAAAUAUUAGAGAAGAAUAUGAAAAUAUUAACAUCUUUUGAGAAAUAUGUUAAGGAAUUGAAUGCUUAAAAUCUAACAUGGAGUCCAGUUCACACUGAAAAGUUUUGGAAGGAGAAUGUGAAGAAGUUUGAAGAGAAUGAUUUCUUAUUGAUUAGAAAAUUGGCAGAAAUUCUAAAAUCAAAUAACAAUCAAAAUGUGGCAGUGGCUUGUUAUGAUUUGGGAGAGUUUUGCAGAUUCCAUCCUUUUGGAAAAGUAGUGUUAGAGUAAUUGAAUGCAAAACAAGAGAUUAUGAGAUAAGCUAGAAAUGAUGAUUAAUAGAUCAGAGAACACGCUUUGUUGUCCUUAUAAAAGAUAAUGUUGCAUAAUUGGUAAGUUUGA